AUCACUCAUUGGGAAAUAAGGGUGAAAGUCGCUGUUUGAUCCUACGGUCUUAACUCAAUACAAAUGCGCACAAAACUCAAUCUUUCAAUCCCAGAAAGAUCAUAACUUUACAUCUUUCUUCAUUAUGCUUUCAAACAAAAUUCAUAAAAAGGAAACAAUCACAUACUAGUGAUUGGUACCAUGACGGCUUCUCUUUCAACUUUUACGUAUGCCCUAAUGAAGAAUCAAUCAUCGGUUUGUGCUAAAAUGAGUAUACAGAACUCCACUUCGGAACCUGAUGAUUGCAGCUCAAAUUCUUGCAAUUCAGUCCCUUCUUCGCCUGGAUCAACUCAUCCGCUACCCAAAUUGCAAAACCCUGAAACCAAAACCGUCAAGAGGAGUCGCGAUUCCAGCACCAAGCACCCAGUGUAUCGUGGCGUUCGGAUGCGAAGUUGGGGUAAAUGGGUGUCUGAAAUCCGUGAGCCCAGGAAGAAAUCACGCAUAUGGCUCGGAACUUUCCCUACACCAGAAAUGGCAGCUCGGGCACACGAUGUAGCGGCACUUAGCAUCAAAGGCAGCUCCGCCAUUCUUAAUUUCCCGGAACUCGUGGGAUCUUUGCCACGACCUGUUUCUUGUUCUCCGAGAGAUGUGCAAGCUGCUGCGGCUAAAGCAGCAGCCAUGACAGAGCUUGACUUUCCUUCUUCUUCUAUAGAAACUGCUUCGGAUGAACUCGAUGAGAUAAUUGAGUUGCCAGUUCUGGGGUCAAGUUUUGACUCGCUUGAGUUAAAGAAUGAUUUCGUAUACACUGAGUCGGUGGUGGACGGGUGGUUGUACCCACCGCCAUGGAUGAACAACGGCGGCAAUCAAGAAGAUGGGUAUGUUUCUGGUCAAGCAAACGUGAUUUCCACUGCGUUUGAAUCUUUAUGGUGGAAUUAUUAGUGUCCGAGUGUGUUAUCUCUUGAGCUCUCUUCUCUUUUUAUUUUUACUGUUUUCACUUUGGCCCUUUUCGUUUUUCCAUCAAGGGUUAAAUCUUUCUGUGCUUGUUUUGUGUAUGUUUUGUGCAUUCGGUGAUACCUUUAAUUUAUUAUGUAAAUAGUAAAUACCAAUAAGGCAGAAUAACUUUCACUCUCUGUCUGUGUGUAUGUGUGCUCAAAUGUGAGUUCACAAACGUUGACUCGAUAUAUCGUAGCAAAAAUGUUGUAAAUGUUGAAUCAUCUCAGAAAAUACAUCUUCAGUUGCAUUA